UUGACACUUGACAGUGUUGUGUUUCGUAAACAUGAAAAUAAAUCAACUAAUACUUUAAUAAUGGAUACAAAACCAGACAAAGUAUUUCCAAGGCAAAAAAAUAAAUCUGUUUCUCGUGAAGAACUAUUAAAUUUGGAUAAAGAUGAGUUAGUGGACGGGAUAUUGCGUUUAGAGGCGCAUAAUACGCAACUUAAAAAAUGUAUUAUAAGCAAAAAUUUGAAUAAUGACGAGAAAAGUGGCGUUAAUACGAAUAAAAAGCCUUUCAACUUUGCCAACUGCCAUUUCCGCCGGGUCUUACUCCACGUGAUGUACUUCGGUUGGGACUAUCAGGGUUUUGUGGUGCAAGAGGAUUCUAUACAGACUAUAGAGCACCAUCUUUUCAAGCCCUGACGCAAGGCAUGCUUAAUAGAG